GCAGCAGAAUUUGAAUGUUCUCUCAGUUCAAAUCAGGCGGAAAAAACCACAGUCCCAACUCUUUCUGUUGGGCAUGGACAGACACCUCGAAGUGCUCAUGGUCAAAUUUCAGUUACUCCUGCUGGGAAGAAGGCCCCUGCAGUUGCUGCAAAUUCUCAGAAAUUAGUAUCUAGCCCAGAAGGUACCCCCACAUCCACACGUCCUUCUCUUCGACGUAGAGGACGGUCAAAAAAACAUUCAGAGACGGAACAUGUUGCUAAUGUUGAAGAUGAAAGCGAUUUAUUUAGUAUUAUCAGGAAUGGCAAAAGCUCCUUACAGCACAUUGUAGAUGAAUGGAUUGAGCAGUACAAGGCUGACCGUGACUCAGGGUUGAACGCUAUAAUGCAGUUCUUCAUUAGUGCUUCAGGAUGCAACGGGAAAAUACCAUCUAAAAUACCAAGUAGCAUGGAUCAUGCCGUAGUUACCCGCGAAAUGACAAAAAAGUUUGAUGAGGAUAGUGGAGAAUAUCCGUUGGUCAUGUCUGGACCACAAUGGAGAAAAUUUCGAAGCAACUUCUGCGACUUCGUACACACACUCGUGAAGCAGUGCCAAUAUUCCAUAAUUUAUGAACAAUCUGAUAACGUAAUUUCCCUUCUUACUGGUCUUUCUGAUUCACAAGUCCGAGCGUUUCGUCAUACUGCCACCUUAGCUGUUAUGAAAUUAAUGACUGCCCUGGUUGAUGUGGCUCUGACUGUGUCGGUUCAUCUUGACAACACAUCUCGUCAGUAUGAAGUUGAGCGUCGGAAAACACAGGAUAAACGAGCCAGUGAUCGCCUUGUAGGAUUGCUUGCCAAACACGAAGAACUUGAAGAAAACAUGCAUGACAUUAAAAACAUGUUGACUUACUUAUUCAAGUCGGUGUUUGUCCAUCGUUACCGAGAUAUCGUUCCCGAUAUUCGAGCCAUUUGUAUGACGGAAAUAGGCAUUUGGAUGAAACGGUUUCCCCAAAAUUUUCUUGAUGAUUCUAACCUGAAGUAUAUUGGGUGGAAUUUGCACGACAAAGUUGCCGAUGUUCGUUUAAAAUGUCUUCAAGCUCUCCAACCGCUGUAUGCUUCACAAGAGCUUAAAGAAAAACUGGAACUUUUUACCAGCAAAUUUAAGGAUCGUGUCGUUUCGAUGACGCUAGACAAAGACUAUGAUGUUUCAGUCCAAGCUGUUCGUUUGGUUAUCACUAUGCAAAAGUAUCACCAAGAAAUGUUAUCAGACAAGGAUUGUGAGUCAGUUUACGAGUUGGUGUUCUCUUCUCAUCGAGCUCUUGCACAAGCUGCCGGCGAAUUCCUUAAAGAGCGACUAUUCACACUUAAUGCUACCAGUCAUCCAGCUCUACGUACUCUCCGGGGCAAAAAGAGACUACCUAACACACCUCUCAUUCGUGAUUUGGUUCAAUUUUUCAUUGAAUCUGAGUUGCAUGAACACGGAGCAUAUUUGGUCGACUCCUUAAUCGACUCAAAUGAAAUUAUGAAAGACUGGGAGUGCAUGACGGAUUUGUUAAUUGAAGAACCUGGGCCAGACGAAGAGCCUUUGGACGAUCAGCAGGAAACAGCUUUGAUCGAGUUGAUGACAUGCUGCAUUAAACAAGUUGCGACUGGAGAACCACCUGCAGGUCGAGGGUCUAUGAGAAAGAUUCCUACCGUCAAAGAAACCAAACAAACCCAAGGUCACCGUGUACGACUUACUGAACAUUUCAUACCAACUCUUCCUCUGUUACUCGGGAAAUAUAUGACUGAUCCCGAACAAGUUGCAAACCUCUUGUCAAUCCCUCAAUACUUUAAUAUGGAAAUCUAUACUACCUCACGUCAAGAGAAGAGUCUAGAUUCGUUAUUGCGCUUGAUCCAGAAUAUAGUAGAAAGACACACCACAACAGAAGUGCUGGAAGGCUGCGCUAAAGCGUUGGAAUUUUCUUGUGAUGAAGAUUACGCCAUAUCUUCUCGAUGUGAUUUAACAAGGAACACUUUAAUUGAUCGUCUCGUUAAGAAAUGCGAACAAGAUUAUGAAAAUUAUGUAACACUGAUGGCUGGCGACGAAGAGCCCAACAAAGAUGCGGUGUUUACGCUGGUAUUGGGUUUGAAAAAAAUUGCCUUAUUCUCGUCACAUCACAAUCUUGGGACAUGGAAUUUGUAG